AGCAUGGCACGAUCUGCAGCCGAUGGCUAAGCGAUGUGGAAGUCACUUCCAGCAGCACCAGCAAAAGUUCCUCAAUCGCUCGGUUUCAGUUUCAAUUCAAUCUUACGCGUGCUUGGACGGCUUUUGUGCCGCUCAUUCAUCUUGAUCGCGAUCGUGGACUGUUUUGUGCACUCUGUGGUGCUCUCAAUAUUGCAGAGGUGGUGCUAAAUUGAAUUUCCAUUUUGAGUUUUUCUUUUCGUCUAAUUCAUUGUGAUUUUAUUCAAUAAACAUUUUUUUGCACACAUAAAGCUUAGUGUUGAGAGAGAGUUUUGGACAACAUUGGGGGUGGUUGGCGAAUGAUCUGAAGGAUUGUGGUGAAUUAAUGUGACAGAGAGCACGUUGUGUUGGUUGAAUGAGGGUAGGAAAAUGUGCACAAGAGAAAAUCGUCCAGUGUGAAGCUCGUGUGCCUUGUUAUGAAUGGUGUGCCCAUUGUGGAAAAUGACCAUAAAUCUACCCAUACCGCAGAGAUACAAGAGAAUACUCCAAGCUAUGACUAUUGUGAUCGCUAUUAUCUACAUGACACUGGUCCUGUAUCAAAGUGUCUCCGGUGUCAGCGAGUAUCAGAAUCUUCCACUGGUCAACACUGCAUCACCAGCAGUAUUGCAAAAUGCCUCCUCAAAUGUGCCACAGGCAGAUGAUAAGACGCUGUACACGACCAAAAUGACCCAGGGUGGCUAUCUGGAUCUGAGUCAGGGUACCGUGACGGGUACCCCGAAACCACCCACUACGGAAUUGGAUGAUAUCUUUAUAAGUGUUAAGACAACGAAGGGGAAUCACGACACAAGGCUGGCACUCAUUAUCAAAACGUGGUUCCAGCUGGCAAAAUAUCAGACAUGGUUUUUCACCGACACGAAUGAUAAAUACUACCAGGAACUCACAAAUGGGCACAUGAUUAACACCAACUGCUCCAUGGGUCACUUCCGAAAGGCUCUGUGCUGCAAGAUGUCCGUGGAAUUGGAUGUUUUUCUCAACAGUGGCAGAAAAUGGUUUUGUCAUUUUGACGACGACAACUAUGUGAAUGUGCCGCGUCUUGUGCGCCUCCUGGAUGAGUAUUCAGCCUCAAAGGAUUGGUACCUCGGGAAGCCAAGUAUUUCUUCUCCCCUGGAAAUCAUCAUGGAUAAUAAAUCAGCGCGAGACAAGAAGAUCACCUUCUGGUUCGCCACGGGCGGUGCAGGGUUCUGCAUCAGUCGGGCAUUGGCGCUGAAGAUGCUCCCCAUUGCCGGCGGCGGGAAAUUUGUGGAGAUCGGCGACAAAAUCCGCUUCCCAGACGACGUCACGAUGGGCUUCAUUGUGGAGCAUCUGCUGCGGAUACCGCUAACAGUUGUGGAUCAAUUUCACUCCCAUCUGGAACCGAUGGAGUUCCUCAGGCCGGAAAUGUUCCACGAUCAAGUCUCCUUCAGCUAUGCUCGCAUGAAGAAUGAGUGGAAUGUGGUGAAGAUUGAUGGAUUCGACACAAAGACAGACCCGAAGAGAUUCUACAGCCUACACUGUCACCUCUUCCCCUAUUUUAGCUUCUGCCCCAGGUGAUGGACACCCCAGUCUUCCUCAAACGGGCAGCUCUCCUAAAAGCUUCCCGGACAGCCGAUGCGGCAUCGUGAAUGUUCAGCCAAAUAUUAAAAAAAAAAUCCCGGCGGAGCAUCCCCGGAAAUCUCUCUGUAUAUAGUUUUUAAAAAAUCCUUCUCUGAAGGAAGCAAGAAAAAAACGUGACUUUUUUGUCUGUGAUCUCUGUAAAAGGCGUGAAAGGGGCCAACGAAUUGUGUGAAAUAAAAAAAAAUCGAAAAAGAAUUCAAAUAAAAACGAUUAAAUGUUAAAUAUUCUUUUAGCAUCCUAAUUUAAGCUGUUUUAAUAAAAUGUUUCUAGUCUCUUGAAGAGAAAUUUUGCCACUAGAAUUUUUAUGAAAUUCAGCGUGGAAUGAACUUUUGAGAAAAGUCAAAAAAAAUUGUUAAAAUUCAAUGUAAGAUUGGGAAGAAAAAAUCGAAGAAAAAUCUGUGUGAAUUAUGUUGUUAUUUUAAGUGUAUUAAAUGCAAAUUAAAUAUUUUUGAAAAACACAAGAAA